CUCGAGACCCUGCUCACAUUCUCCCACUAACCUCCUCCUCCCGAAAUCCCCCACACCUACGCCGCCGCCGCCGCCGCCGCCGGCAAAGUCUCCGCGAGACGGGAUGGAAGAGAUGUCCUGGUCGGCGGCGAGCCUCCCGGAGGAGCUCCUCGUGGAGAUCCUGGCGCGGGUGCCCUACAGGUCGCUGUGCCGCUUCAGGUGCGUGUCGCCGUCGUGGCGCGCCCUCUGCUCCGACCCCGGCCUCGUCAGGCGGUCGCUGCAGACCCUCUCCGGCUUCUUCUGCCACGCCCUCCACAACCACCACGACGUGCGUUUCCUCAACUUCCCGGGCGGCAGUUCAGGCCGUCGGCCCCUGGUCGACCCGUCCUUCCCUUUCCUUCGCGGCGGCGGCUAUACCCAUGGCUUCAUACUCGUGGAUUGCAGCGGUGGCCUCCUCUGCGGGUGCUUCACGUCGCCCACCCCGUCAUCUUCGUUGGACAUAGAUUAUCUCGUGUGCAAUCCGGCAACCGAGGAGUGGACUGUGCUUCCUCGCACACAACAUAUGAACCUGCAGAGCAUCACACGUCUGGGCUUCGACCCGGCCGAUCCCUCCGGCUUCACGGUGUUUUUGUUCGAGCAGGAUCUCUAUGAUGGCGGCACGCUCACCGGACUGAAGAUCUACUCGUCCGAGACCAGAACAUGGGCUUCCAAGCAGAUUGGGUGGAGUCAAGGAAUUCAUUUGGAUAAUUCCGAGGAAUCAGUGUCUGUCUUUAUGAAUGGUGUGCUGCAUUUGCAUUUGCCGGCCAACAAUACUUUGAUCGUCACGUGGACAUGGACGGCAAGACUUGGCAGGCAUUUUGGAGGCCAUCCUUUGGUCAUGGCAUCGGGAGGUCUCAAGGACGCCUGCACACUAUAGACUUAGUAAAACAAUAUGAUGAUUGCACCUUGCUCAUGGUCUGCGUUCUUGAGGAUUAUGCUAAGUGGACCCAGAAGCAUGUGGCAAACAUCUCGAAAAAGUUAGGUGUUCGCGGGAAAUUCAGCUUAUAUACGUUGAUUGCCAUGCAUCCAGAUAGUGGUUUGGUUUUCUUCGUAGAUGGGGUGGAAGAGAGACUUAUGUCGUAUGAUAUGGAUACCCAGGAAGUUGAUGUUGUCUACAAGAAGGGGGGACACUACCUUCAACUCUAUCAUCCUUACACGCCUUGUUUUGCGGAACUACCAUCCAGAUAGUCAUUGAACAGGCAUGGAACAAAAAUUCAGAUGUUGAAUCUGGACCGCAUCUCUACCUCUGGGGCAAUUUCUUGGAAAGUUCUGCGCCCACUCCGAUUUAGUCUUCGUGUUUGCUGGUGUUCAGGUGCAUUUGCCCUGUUUUUGUGACUCAGAACAAUCUACAGAGAAUUCAAAGCCUUUUCUUCCACUGUUCUUUAUAUAAACAUGCCCAGUCACUUAAUGAGUUAACAUAUUUGCUUUCAUGUACUGAUGGUGAUGGUAACUUUUAGCUCCUAGUAUGGAGAUCAAUGUAAGAAAGCACAUCGUUGUCAAUUUGCAGCAUAUCAGAGGGCUCGAAUAAAAAUGACCCAAGUUCCUUCUGCUAGUCCUAGGAGCAGAAGACUUCUUGUAUCUUGUGCUCCUGGUAAUUAAUGGGGUUGCUCCAGAACAUGAAGAUGUCUGUAUUUGGUCAGGUUCAGCUUUCUUGCAUACUCCCUCCAUUCCAUAAUGUAGUGCGUAUAGAUUUUCUGAAAAGUCAAACUUUGCAAACUUUGACCAAAUUUAUAAAGAAAACUAUUUUUUUAUCUAUAAUACCAAAUAUAUAAAAUACGCAACUACAUCUUAUGAUGAAUCUACUGAUAUAUGGUUGGCAUUCUACAUGUAAUGCGAAUGCGAAUAUAUGUUUGGCAUUCUACAUGUAAUCCUAAAUAUAAGUCUUUUUACAGAUUUCAAUACGAACUACAUACGGAUGUAUAUAGACACAUUUUAGAGUGUCGAUUCACUCAUUUUGCUCCAUAUGUAGUCCGUAUUAAAAUCUCUAAAAGGACUUAUAUUUAGGAACGGAGGGAGUAUGUAUUCAGCUAACUGUCUGAAAGCUGAAAAUGAGAUGCUGAAGCUGAAGCUCGUUCAGAGGACGAAUGAGCUCAGGGCUGAACAGAUUCUGAGACUCGAACUAGAGUUGCAUUUGGAACAAAGGAAAUCAAGCCCCUGAGGAAGCAGAUUGGAAAGUUGAGAGUUGAGAAUGAACGUUCAUUCUCAAGUUUAUACAUACAGGAAGACAAAGCUUUAUAUACAAUUGUACCCGUACCGUCAUGCCUCUAGAUUAUUUACUUCACAGGGAAAUUUGCAAACUAUUUACUUCACAGGGAAAUUGAUAUUUGGGGGUAUGCCUUUUAUGACUUUGAAUAAUGUUGGUUAGCCGAGGAGAAUUUGAAGCUUUGUUCUACUGUCUAGUUAUUAUUAUAUAUAUCAUUUAUGAGGUGCACUGAUGAAUAUGGUCAAGGUUUAAAAGAUCAUCACUAAUUCUUAGUACUUGCAUAUUUCAAAAUACAUCAUGUGAUUUCGCUGUAGUAUUUUAUAUGCAUACAGGUCACUGUCUGAAAGCUGAGAAUGAGAUGUUGAGGCUGCAGCCCGUUUGUAAAACCGAAGAGCUCAGGGCUGAACAGAUUUGGAGACUCGAACUAGAGUUGCGUUUGAAGACAAGGUAGAUCAAGCCCCUGAGUUAAGCAUACUGAAGAGCUGAGAAUGAGCACUAUAGGAAGACUGGAAGCUUUAUACACAAUUGCACUGAUUUGGUACCAGAUCUACUCGUCCCAAACCAGAACAUGGACUUCAAAGCAGAGUGGGUGGGGUGAAGAAACUAGUUUUGGUUUAUAUGUGGAACCGGAUUCUGUCUUUCUGAAUGGCACUCUGCAUUUGACCACCGACGGUUUUAAGGUUUCUCCGGUUGUCGCGGUGGACGUGGAAGGCAAUACUUGGCGGGAAAUUCCGAGGCGUUCCAUCACCGGGGAUGCAUUGGCCAGUCUCAAAGACGCUUGCACUCUAUGCAAAUACUAGCUAACUUUGAUGGCAACGGCUGGCUACUCUCAGUUUGGGUUCUUGAGAAUGAUGCUAGUGGAGAGUGGACCCUGAAGCAUACUGCAAACAUUUCAGAACUGUUAGGAAAGCGUCCUAACAUUUCGGAACCGUGCGGAAGUCAUCUUUGCAAACUUGAUGAGUCAUAUAGAUUGAUUGCUAUCCAUCCGGACUGUGAUUUGAUUUUCUCCAUAGAUGCGGUGGAAGAGAAAUUUAUGUCGUAUGAUAUGGAUAGCGGGAAGGCACAAGUUGUCUACGACAAAGGAAAAUACUUCUGUGACUGUGAACCAUAUCUUCCUUACACGCCCUGUUUUGAUGAAUGCUUAACUUCCGGAUAGUCACGGAAAGUCAUGGGGUUAGUGCCUUCAUAAAAAUCGAAUGCUGCAUAUGGGCCAGAUCUCUUGUUCUCGACUUCUGGGUCAAGUUGCUUGGGAAUGUUUUGCGUCUACUUCGAUCUGGUAUUCCUGUUUGUUGGUUUUCGGGGACAUCUCCUGUUUGUUACUUUGCACAAUGUAUGGAGACUUCGAUGCCUCAUGAGUAUAUUUUUCUUUUACUUUUUUU